CUUCAGCAAGGUACCAGUGAUUGCAGUGGCGACGUACGUGAGGAAAUUAAUCAGUCUUUGGACGACUUCACCGUUAUAAAGUUACUUUUUUAACUGCACACACGUCACUGAAACCUACUCUUUUCUCACCACCGAGGACAAAACUAGGAGAAAAUGGCAUCAAAUCUUGUGAAUGUUGUUCGUCGCCAGUUCUCGACUACUCUCCGGCGAAAGGCAGACACAUCCUACACAGCUGCCACAGCUCCCGAUUCCCAUGGAUCUACACGCACGUACAAGCUGAUGACCUUCUUAGUGGCCCUGCCGGGUGUUGCAUUCUGCAUGUUCAAUGCCUACAAGGGAGAGAUGGAGCACAAAGCUCACAGUCACCGCCCGGAGUUUGUGGCCUACUCGCACCUCCGCAUCCGAAACAAGCCCUUCUUCUGGGGAGAGGGCAACCGUUCACUGUUCCAUAACAGCGAGACCAAUGCGCUACCAGAGGGAUACGAAGGAGAUGAAUAGACAAAAAACUUUAGAGUAGUUGAAGCAUCUUUAUCUGAUUCUCUGCGAGACUGCAUCAAUUUUUGUUUUGUUUUGUUUGUUUGACGGAUUGAUUAUAGAAAUAUUAAUUUGGUUAAAGUUAUUUUAAGUCGCAUUCAGGAAUGAUAGAAUUGAUCAUAGAGCCCUUGCAUUGGUUGCUAUCACCGAGGUCAAACAAUGGAAACGUGUGAAUGAUAGAAUCGAUAAUAGACCCCUUACAUUGGUUCCUAUCGCCAAGGUCAAACAAUAGAAACAUGUGUAAGGGCGUUAGCGCCACGCACAGCUCUCAGCUAAUGAUAGGUCUUCCUUGACAGGGAAUGAUUUCAUCCAGUAUGUUGCAUAGCUGAGUACUAAUGUUGAGUAGCAAUUGAUGCUUUUUGAGUAGCAACUGACACAUUUUUUUAGCACUUUGCUCUGCUAUACAAGGGAAAUCAUUCACUGGUUGACCUCGGUGUUUGCACAGUUUAAGCUUGUGAUGUCAUGCAAAGGGGUCUACUCAAGUUUGCAGUUAUUUGUGUGUGAGGGGAUAUCAGUUUGUGGUGACAAAUCCAUUGAAACCUAUCCAGUCAGAUAAAGUGUUGCGCUUUGACAUGCCAUUUAUACUCUGGUUUAUUAACUUCAUCCUUACCUCCAAAUUGGAUUCCAAUUUAGUGUACAAUUCAACAGACACCUAACCUUUUGCACAUAGAAGACACAGUUAUCAUAAAUUGUGUCAAAAGUGUACGAUUCCUAUCUAAUAACUAUUUUUACUUUAAUUUGAAAAAAUUAGAUCACUUCAUGCUCCACUACAUGGAUUUGAAAAAUGUUUUUGGAAAUUAAACAUAAGAAAGUAUUUCUAAUACUAAAAAAGUAUUUCUAAAUACUAGAGUACACUCAAAGAAAUCAGCAUUUCUAAUUUGUGUAUUUUACAAUGUUCAAACUUUUAACACCACAUCUUAUAUAACACAAAACUUGUUAAUUAAAAUGCAUGUAAAUUACAUCAAAUUUUGACAGAAUUGUUGAGGCACAAAGUUAAAUAAAAAUUGUGUUGUUUUAAUUUAAA